CCUGAGCAGCAGCUACAGCUCUGCUGGCCUCUGUGUUCACCUGCAGGAGACGUGGAGACCCGCGCUCACCUUCUGCAGCACUUAGACACAGUUGCAGUGAGGGAAGGAGGUUUCCUCUGCUGGUCUCAGACAGCAGCAGAAACAUCAGCCUCCCUGUCAGUGGAGAUCAGUUCUUAUGUGCUGUUGGCCAAACUCAGCGCCUCCCCGACUGCUGAGGAUCUGGGAUAUGCCUCUGGUAUUAUCAGGUGGCUGACUGGGCAGCAGAACUAUUACGGAGGCUUCUCCUCCACUCAGGUACUACACCACCCGAACACCAUGAAGCUCAUCUUUGAGUUCAUCUACAGUCUUGGACCAAAUCAGAAGAAAUAAUCCUGAAGCUUUCAU